AUGGUUUCGAUUACUGGCAAGAAUGUGCACGACCUGCAGCAUCUGUCCGUUGAAAGCAUCAAGGAUAGCGUGAUUAAGGACCCGCAUGCAGACAACUAUGCUGGAAUAAAAACACCUGAAGGCACUGCUGGAUCGCUUGAGGGCGGUGCGUUGCGUCCAGGUGGUAUGCCCAAGCUGACCAGCCGGGACCACAUUGGUCUGCUUUUCCAAUAUGCCGCCGUCGGUCUCGUCUACGGCAUGCUUCCCGAAACGAUUUACCCGUUUAUGCAGCAGUACCUCAAUUGUAGCGGUGCACAGGUUGCCGCUGCCAAGGAGCUGGUCGUUCUUCCGUGGAGUUUCAAGGUUUUCUACGGUAUCAUAUCCGACUGUUAUCCUAUCUGGGGAUACCGCCGUCGUCCGUACAUGGCGAUCGGUUGGGCUAUUUGCAUUGGAAUGCUGCUGAUCAUGGCUCUUUUGCCAAUCGGCCAGCCAUACUACACCAUACCUGCGGACCGUGAAGUCGUUCCAGCUGACUACACACCGGAAAUCGAGGCACGCAUCAACUACGAUGCUACUAGCCAAGGCGCCAAGUACGUCGUCCUCAUGUUCUUUGCUGCGUUCGGCUACGUCUUGUCCGACGUGUGCUCAGACAGCAUCGUGUGCGAGUUGGCUCAGCAGGAGCCCAUGGCAAAGCGCGGAAAGACUCAGUCAGCAAUCUACACAGUUCGCACGACUCUGGUGAUUAUCGGUGAACUUUUGGUGGGUUUCUGCUUCAAUGGCGAGGACUAUGGUGGGGACUUUAACUUCUCGCUUAACUUCUCGGAGCUGAUGAUUAUUAUGGUUGUGCUGACGAUUCCUGCCGUCCCCAUGACCUGGUACUUCAUCAAGGAAGAGAAGGCUGAACGUGCGGACUUUCGCAAGUAUAUCGGAGAAUUCUGGGACCUGCUGUGCAAACGUGUGGUGUACCAGGUCAUAGCACACCAUUUUUUCGCUGGCAUCUUCUCUGGCAUUUCGUACACGGCUAGCUCACCGGUGCAGUCAUAUCUGGUGGGCGUGACUCCAAUCAACAACAUGCUGAAUGACGUUAUCGGUCACUUGUGUUUCAUGACUGGCAUUGUUGUCACAUCCAAGUACGGUCUCCACUGGGAUUGGCGUUUGAUGAUUAUUGCUACGGGCAUUGUUGUGAUUGUCGUGGACUGUUUGGUUGCUCUGGUCACAAUUUGGGAUAUCUUCCGGAACCAAUGGUUCUGGCUUGGUCCUCCUAUCGCAGUGCAGAUCCCAAGUGGUGUCGCCUGGAUCAUUGCACUGUUCGUGACGGUCGAGAUUGCCGGUAUUGGUAAUGAAGGCGCCGUCUAUGGCCUUAUGACUACGGUCGGCAACUUGGCGGUACCGUUUGCCACGACGAUGACCCUGCUCAUCAAUGGCCCGCUUAAUAUCACGAACGCGCGUGUGCAGUCGGAUGAUCACUCAGUCCGUAUGGAUAUUACAUAUACAAUCCUGAUUUCGUAUGCGAUGAAGAUCUUUUCCUGGGUGUUCUUGAUCUUACUGCCUCGCCAAAAGAAGGAGACGCAGGAACUCGCUCGUACUGGUGGCUCCAGCAAGCUCUUUGGUGGUAUUACUAUCGGCUACUUGUCUUUUGCACUGGUGUGGUCUGUAAUGGCCAAUACUCUGGCCAUCUUUGAAAGUACUUCAUGUCUGCUUAUUGCAGGUGGUAAAGGUUGCUAA